AUGUGUCACCCUCUACCAACCAUUGAAAACGGAUUCAUAAGAACAGCUGGAGACUUACGUUUUGGUUCAAAUGCUGAAUAUGGAUGUGAUAGAGGAUAUAUUCUAAUAGGAGCUAGUCAACGAAGAUGUCAAGCUAAUAAAGAAUGGAGCUCUUCUCCUCCAAUUUGUCGACUUCAAUGUAAUUUUUUACCAAAGUUUUUUUCAAGUAUUUUUUUUUUAGUAAAAUGUGGACCUCCACCUGAAAUUCCAUACGCUUUUCAUGACCCGGAUCCUUAUACAACAUCUUAUGAAAUCGACGCUGAAAUGACUUAUAAUUGUAUGCCUGGUUAUCAUAAAUUGAAUACAAAAGGUUUAUCAAUUUCGAAAUGUUUAUUGAAUCGACAAAAUGUUGCACAAUGGUUUGGUCCAGAACUCAAAUGCAAAGGUUUUCAGGGAUUAUUGUUUGACUAAAAAUUUGUUUAUUGUUUUGUUUCAGCAAGAUCUUGCCCCGACCCGGGAGAGAUUGAAAAUGGUGUGCGCGAAGGUGAAAUUUAUGAAUAUCCACAUUAUGUAAGAUAUUCUUGCAAUCCUGGUUUUUUGCUUGUUGGUUCAACUUCGAGACAAUGUUCGAGUAAUGGAGAAUGGACUAGUGAACCAGCCGUUUGUAAAGGUAGCAGUUUUGGUUUUCAUUCAAAUUUCAAACUGACCUCCUUCAAAACUUGCAGCAACCGAGUGUGCUCGCCCCACAUCUCCUCUCCACGGAAAAGUUGUCGGAAGCUCUCUAACCUAUCAAUCAAUAGUUUCCUAUUCUUGCGAUCAUGGUUUCCGACUUGUUGGCCAGGUUCAAAGAAUUUGUUUAGCUGAAGGAAUAUGGGGUGGAAAUGAGCCAAGAUGUGAAGAGAUUCGUUGUCCUUUGCUCCCACCAUUGCCAAAUGGGUAUAUCGAAGGCAGUGAGACUUCCUAUGGAGCGGUUUCAGUUUUUAGGUAAUACAUUUUUAUUAUGUAUGUCUGAAACAAAUUAUAAUUCAGAUGUCUUGAAACAAUGACUCACGAGGGAGCUUCCAAAGCAAAAUGUAUGGAAGAUGGUCAAUGGAGUGCGCCAAUGCCAAAAUGUCUAGCAUCCUGUAGAGUUCCACAAAUUCAGAAUGGUAGAAUUCGAGAUAAAUCUGAAGGGCAAUUAAUUGCUUCAAGUUCCAAAGUAACUGUGGAAUGCAAUAAACAACACGAAGCAAAUAUUGACGAACAUUUGAUCUGCCAAAAUUCAACAUGGUCACACGUACCAGUUUGUAGUCCUUGUAAGUUGAUUUGAAAAAAUAAAAAAAAAGAAAUUUGGAGGUAUGGGGAAUUGAACCCCAGACUUCUCACAUGCGAAGCGAGCGCUCUACCCCUGAGCUAUACCCCCACACAACAAACACAGCGUAAAAGAGAUAGACAUUUUUUGUGUCUGUGUGUGGUUUUUCUUCUCUCGCUUUACUUUUCACUCUGUUUUCCCUUUUGAAAAUAGUAAUAGUUUUAUGGUUACUCUAUUUUUGAGAAAAAAACCACAAAUUCUUUUCUAAAAUCUGAAAAUAUAUUUUCUUUAAUUGUAAAAAAUCAAUAAAAAUAUUUUCUAGUGAGUUGUCAUAACUGGCCUCCACGAGUUGCCCACGCUCGAAUUUUAUUUUCCAAAUCAUCUCACGGAUCAUUGGCUAAAUAUGAAUGUCAAAACGGCUAUCAUCCAGAUCAAAAUAAUCGGAUUAUAAAAUGUUUGUAUGGCGAAUGGACAAGAGAUGGACCACCUCUCAAAUGCUUGCCAAGUUUGUCUAAAUCGUUUUUUUUGAAUUUUUAUCAAUUAUAAGUUUUCAGGUUGGUGUGAGCAUCCGAGCAGAACCUAUGGCACAUUUCCUGGAGGUCAAAUGCUUCUUGAAGGAAUUCUUGGAGCUUAUGAGUUUCAGAGUUAUAUCAAUAAAGUUGAAGAGGGUCGAACUAUCAAUUUUCAAUGUAGCAAAGGGAAUUAUUUGAUAGGUUUGCAUAUAUCUUGAAAUUGUUUACUGUUAUUAUUAUAUUUCUAGGCGCCCCAAAAGCCACAUGUGUGAAUGGUCAAUGGAUGCCAAAAAUAAGUCCAAAAUGUGUAUCACAAACUCAUCCACCACAUGAAGGAACAUUAUGGGAUCGAAAGAAGCGAGAAGUUUUGGAGGGUGAAGCUGAGAUUUCCAGAUAUCGGCGGAAUGCUGAAAAUCAGAUUGGAAGAAAGUUGUUGGGGAAUUGCGGAUCAAUUGUUCCAAAAGCAGAAAGAAUUGUGACACAACAUGCGGAAAAUGCGAUAACGGUUGGUUUUGACAGCUUUGAAAAGGGUAGGGUUAUGAGAAAUUUGGGAAGUUAUUCAGGGUUAGGUAGAUUUUUUGUUUAGAAAAAUGUAAUCUCAAAAAAUGUUGGCAAAUGCGUAGGAUUAUAUAUAUUUAUUUAAGUUCUCCCAAUGUUUUCUUACAAUCAAAUCAUAAAUGCAUCUAGAAUCUAGGUACAAAAUCAUUAUCAAAAAUUGGAGCAGUAUGCGUGUUCAGGUUAUUUGCAGGGACGGCUUCGAGUUUUCCAGCGAGCAAAUUGACGGAAAAUCGACUUGCUUCAACGGCAAAUGGCUUCCAGAUAUUGCUGAAUGUAUACCAAGUAACUCCCCUUUUUGUCAAAAUACAAAUUUAAAAUAGAAAAAUUCCAGAAUCUUGCCGGGUUCCAGUUCGUUUACAUGUAUUUUUCUUGAAAUCGGGUACAUCGCAAAUAUUACAAUCAAAUGAUAUUGUUGAAGAUGGAACAAUUGCACAAAUGGCUUGCUUGAGGGGUUUUAAUUUGGCGGGAAAUGGAAAUUUGGAGUGUUAUCGAGGAAAUAUGAAAGAACCUUUAGGACAUUGUGUUCCACGUGAGAUUUGAUUUCGAAAAUGAAUGUUUUAUUUCAAUAGGUUUUCAGAAGAAUGUGUGUUAUCUGAACUUGUAGUUGGAAAAUAUAACACAACUGCAGAAUCGAUAAAAAAUGGUGAAAGUGUUACAUUAAUGUGUACUGGUGCAAAUAUCACAAUUUCUUGCUCAAAAGGAAGUCUUUCACCAAACCCUUCUUGUUAUGAAAAUGAAUCGAGGUUUUGUGUAGCACCACAAGAUACGACUCCAGCAUUGAUUUAUCGAUAUCAUGGAUUGAAGAAAACGUAUAUUGAUCGAUUCCAAUCGGCUUAUCCAAAUGGGACUAUUUUUCAAUUUAAGGUAAGUGGGUGGAACAGGUGGGGAGAAACAAUUUUGGAAUUUCAGUGCAAUGAUAAGGAAGAGGCUGGAGGGAUUGAAUGUGUGAAUGGUGAAUGGGUCAGUAAUUUACUUUCUUGUGGUGAGUUUUGGGUAAAAGGUUUGAAUUUGUAAGUAUGUUUUCAGUUACCGCCAACAUAACUGUUUGGGAUUCUCCAAACAAUGAAGAAAUGUGUCCACCAUUCCCACUAGACAAAAAUCAAAAAAUAUUCAACAUUGAAAAUUAUGUCGCCAACACUGAUCACCAAUUUGCACAUGGCACAACUUUAUAUAUUGGUUGUUUAUCCACAACAAAUAUUGCUGAAAGUGUUCCUCACAAAUGUCGACGUGGAAAAUGGAGCUUUAAAAAACGAUUGAAUUGUUCGAAAGGUUUGUAAAAAUGAAAAAUUAUUUUUAAUUGAAAAAAAUAUUUUUUUUUAGUCGAGACUCUUUGCACGUUGAAUAUGAACAUCAAUUCGCAUACCGUAAUCUAUCACACACAGAAAAAAGAGAAUGUGGUUUUCAACCAACAUUUCCAAAGUGGCGCCAAAGUUCAAUUUCGAUGUACUAACAUUGGAAUUGAGAGGCUUCAAGGAAAAUCUGAAUUAAUUUGUCACAAUGGUUCGUGGAGUAAUGUUGUUCCAUAUUGUGUGCCAAUUCAAGCAACAGGUUUGAAUAAAACAUGUGGUUUUAAAGAUUUUUAUUUUUUAAAGAGUCAUCGGUCCCUAUAAAAUAUAGCGUGUCUCACGGAACACAUGCAAUUUCUUCAAAAGGUGAAUUGGUAGUUUCAAGAGCUUCAAAUGUUCUGCUCACUUGUUUGACGGAGAAACUGGCGUCGGAUCCGAUGUGGGUGAGUUAACAUUUUUUUUCACAAUUAGGACAAAUUCAAAUAUACAUGUGACAUUUGUAGAAAGUUACCUCAACAUAUCGAUCAUAUCCAACACAAUGGACAAAAGCUCGAACCGCCGAAUAUGAAGAAAUCGAUGGUUUUGAGGUUUCAAUCGCCAGUGCUCAACCUUUUGAUAGUGGAAUGCUUCACUGUGUUUUACCCAAUGGAGCUAGAAAUUCUAUAAAGCUUGUUGUCCAUGGUAAACUUUUAAAAAUAAAAAAUCUUUGUAAAAUUAGUUUUUUAACAGAAAAUCGUUGCCCAUUAUUAUCAACAUCUCCCAACUUACAAAUUCAUCUAUCAAGUGCAACUUUAUUCAUCGGAACAAUUGCUCAAUUUUCAUGCUCUCCGGGUUAUUUGAUCGAAGGAAAUCUGAUCUCCACCUGCCUAGAAGAUGCAAAUUGGAGUCAUCCUAUUCCAAAAUGUGUAGCUGCUCAAUGCCCAGUUAUUUUUGUGAACGGAUCAACCACUUCGAUUUCAGUGACUUCAUUUAGAACUGGUGGAGUUGCAAUUUUCAAAUGUCAUAAAGGGUGGGUCAAAAUUUUGAUUUGAAAAAAAUUAAAUUUUUUCAAAAUUCAGAUAUACUUUGAUUGGUGAGCAAAACUUAAUGUGCACUAAUGAAGGAGUCUGGAGUCAGGAGAUUCCAAAAUGUAAUGGUGAGUUAAACAACUUUGGAAAAUUCAAAUUAUAAUACAGAAAUUUUCAGUUGUGAACUGCCCACAAAUUCUACCUCCUGAAAAUGGACAUUUCAUCGGCGAACCCAAAAAGUCAUACUCCAAGGGAGAUAUUGUUUUACUCGGAUGUCAAACAAAUUAUAUGUUAACAGGAGGUGAUUUUGCGAUUUGUCAAGCAAGUGGAGAAUGGAGUGAGAUGAAAACAAGGUGUAAGUUGAAUAGGAAAAAGUUUCAGAAACUAUUUCGUACAAAAUUUAUGUUUUCUAGGUGAUGGUUACUGUAGACAUCCGGGUCGACCAGAUCAUGGUGCAACAACAACAACCGCUAAAGACUAUUAUUCAAUCGGCGAGAAAAUCGUUUUCUACUGUCCCUCGCCAAACUACAAAUUGAGUUCCGACAAUGUUUUGAUAUGUAUUUCACCAGGUCAAUGGUCUAAAAAAUUACCAUUGUGUUUACCAUCAAACACUUGA